AUACAAAUUAACAAAUAAAUAAAUUGUGUGAAAAGAACAAUAAGAACAUAAAAGUAAACUUCCAGUGCGUGUUAAAAGCAGUGUUAAAUUGAAAUUAAUUGCAAGAGAGCUUGAAUUACGUUUCACUUAGAUUGUUUUCCGGAAGUUGGUGGAAGCAAAACAACAACGUGACGAUGACUUCUACGUCGUCAGCGGCAACGUGCGGCGUCUCUAUCGGCCAUCAGUUGGCCAUUCUCAUUGUGUUGCUGUCAAUUGCGUCGCAAUUGUCGCCUGGACAUGCACUGCCACGCCCCACAGUCGGUGCACUGCCAACGCAACUGUUGUUCAAUGAGCUGCUCAACUCCGGGCCGGGUAAUGAGGACAACACCUACUACGGCGAGCAAUUGAAAUACCAGCAGCAGCAACAACAAUUGCAGCCAAAACAAAUGCCGUCAUUCAACUACUUUGUCAACAAAUGGCCCUCGCUGCGUGAUCUGCUCCUGACUGCCGACUACGAUGACGACUCCGUGCUGCCCAUGGAGAGCGUGGAGCGCGAGCGUGCCCAGCUGGGCUCCCGGUUGUUGGCUCGCCUGCACAGGCUGGGCGAUAAUGGCGACGGCUUGGACGCUGGCGAUGACCAGCCGCACUACAAUAUACUGGAUGACAUGUCCGCCGUGCCCACUAAGAAGCAGAGCGAGGGCCUCAAGCUAAGCUCAAGCUCCAAGCAGCAUAACAUCAAGAAGAAUGUGCAAUUUCGUAAACAAUAUAUGUCGCCGUGCCACUUUAAGAUCUGCAACAUGGGACGCAAGCGCAAUUCCGGCUCCUUUGUGUCCUACUGAAUCCGUGCCAUGGCGCAGCUAAAAGUCAAAAAUGCCCAAAAGUAAAAUAAAUGCAAAUUCAAAACUGAAAGCAAAGAAUACGUUUUCCCAAAAUAAUUGCUGAAAUUAUGCCAGCCAAGUAUUGUUUACCACAUAAAAUAGUUAUAAAUAUAUACAAAAAGAGUUCGCCAACUUUGAACUCAUAUUACAUAUAAACAAUAUCUUUAUAUCUGACUCCCCCACUCUAAUUGCAAACUGCUUGUACAGCAAGUUAAACAAAUUAACAAAAACU